AUCAACCUCUCCCGUUUCAUUCACAAAUCUGCUUUACUCGGUUUCCCAAACUACUCUUACUCCAUUUUCACCUUCAAUCACAACCGUCCAUUCAACGUCUUUGUCUACAACAACAUAAUCUCCGCACGUUCUUCAACCAACCCUACACGUUCCAUUUUGUUCUUCAACUUCGUUUGUAAACUAGGCUUGUCGCUUGAUUCUUACUCUUUGCCUUAUGUUUUGAAAGUCGUUGUUUCUUUGAAAGAUGUUGUUUUGGGGAGACAGGUUCAUUGUGUCGGUGUUGUUACUGGUUUAGACUCGUGUUUAUCGGUUGUUUGUUCGGUUAUUCAAAUGUAUUCUUCUUGUGGGAAUGAUGUUUCUUCUGCACGGAAGGUGUUUGAUGAGUUUGUAUUGUUGUUUGGAGAAAAUGGUUCUGUCUGGAAUGUUAUGGUUGCUGCUUAUGCUAAAGUGGGUGAUGUGUGUAAUACACGGAAGCUGUUUGAUUCUAUGCCUCAUAGGGAUAAAGAUGUUUUUUCUUGGACGGCUCUUAUUUCAGGUUCCACGCAAGCGAAUAAUCCUAGUGAGGCUAUCAAGCUCUUUAGAAGAAUGCAGCUUGAGAAUGUGAAGCCGGAUGAAAUUGCAAUUUUGGCUGUGCUAUCUGCAUGUGCUGAUUUGGGUGCUCUUCACCUGGGGGAGUGGAUUCACAACUACAUUGAAAAGCACAAAUUGAGCAUGAUUGUUCCUCUUUACAACUCACUCAUAGACAUGUAUGCCAAAUCAGGCAACAUAAGUAAAGCACUACAAUUGUUUGAGAAUAUGAAACGUAAUACUGUUAUAACAUGGACAACAAUGAUUUACAGGCUAGCUUUACAUGGUCUAGGAGAGGAAGCCCUUCAUGUAUUUGCUUGCGUGGAGAAAGAGGGCCGAAUCAAGCCAAACGAAGUCACCUUUAUUGUCAUCCUUUCUGCUUGUAGCCAUGUUGGAUUGGUUGAACUAGGUCGUGAUUAUUUCACGUCGAUGAGGUCUGGAUAUGGAAUUGAACCUAAGGUUGAGCAUUAUGGCUGCAUGAUUGAUUUGCUUGGGCGAGCUGGCCGUCUUCAAGAAGCCUUUGUUAUGAAAGAUCUUCUUUCUGUAGUUGCUGAGUCAUACUUGUCAAAGAGCUUACAUAAGGGUGAAAAGCACUCAAUGCUUGUUCCACACUUCAGCAGGGGGUAUCAAUCUCACCAACGAUUUGGCGGUUUACCUUAUGGACAGUCGCAGGGUGAAGGAAUAGGAAUGGAAAAUUUGCAUGUGGAACCUUCUCAAUAUUAA